AUGGCGCGAACGGGAAAGCAGAGCAGGUCGAGAAAACAAGAACUCGUCGGAAGAGGUAAAGUGACUCCUGUCCAGAUCGCGUUCCUCGUCGAUCGGUACCUUUCCGACAAUGAUUACGCCCACACGCGCGCCAGUUUCCGAUCUGAAGCAUCCAGCCUUAUCCCCAAAUCUCCAGUUCAAGAAGCUCCGAGGAGCUUGUUGAGCUUGGGCGCGAUUUUGGACGAGUACAUAACGCUCAAGGAGCAGAAGGUUUGGGUGGACCAAGAACGGCGUCGUUUGGAGCAGGAGAAAUUGCGGGUGCAGAAUUUGCUGAAUGGAAUGCAGAAUGUUAUGAACGUUUAUAAUGCCGGCGAAAAUGCCGCCCUUACCCCGCCUCAGCUGCUGCCUCCGGCAACUGAUGGAUCUGGGGCGAUGGCUUCUCAGGCGGAAGUUGGGGCUGCAAGGCCUGCUGGUCAAUGUUCCUUGUACAAUAGUCCGACAUUGAUGUCUACAUCAAAGCCUUCAAACGUUCUAAAAGAUCCUUCAAGCUUCUCUACUCCUGUUCCACAUCAUGCCACUGCAAAAAGAAAAGAGUCGAAUGAUAUACCCUAUUGUCCCGUAGUUUCAAAGAAAUCCCGCAAGCGCUUGCAAAAUCGAGAUGGUAACUUAGUCACAAAAUCGAGUGUCGCAGCAAAUAACCACAAAAAACAUCUAUUAAGUUCUACAGCUCAGUCUUCUGGUUUUGAUAAUGCUCGUAACGGGUCACAAGUUCAAGUGUCAAAUGUCGUAAAAUGUCUGUUCAACCAUGAAGCUCCUUCUGCAGCUAACUCAUCGGUACCUAAAACACCCCCACGAGCAUCUUUAUCCCAAACUGAAAAUUCCAUAUCUCCGAUAGAAGUUUGUUCGACUGCUACUCAGCAGGUUAUGUCUGCUAACUGCAUGAUAAUAUCUUCGGAAACUAUUCGAGUAAGCCCAAGCAAGCAAAUAUCAUAUUACUCGAUGGAGAAAAAUCAAAUUACUUGUUCUCCGCUGAAAACAAACAUGAAGGGCUCUAGCAUGAAGGGACAUGUUAAGGGGAGACUAGAUUUUGGAUCUUCUGAUCAAAUGCUAACAAUCACAGAGAACCAAAGCCCGAACAGGACUUCAACAUCUGAAUCCGAGGAAGGGGAUUUUCUUGAUUUGGACUUGGAUGCUUUAGGCUUGGACUUCAAUCUAUCGGAAUUUUUGAUAGACUUAGAUAUGACAAGUGAAGGAUUGGGUUUGUCCUCGAAGCAAGUUUUGGAUUCUUCUCCAGAUUGCAAUUCAUGUUCACCUUCUGAAUCAGUCAAUGUUGAAAUGGGAUCUAGACAAGUCAUAUCGGAUUUAUCAUCGACCAAGGCAGGAUUUAAUGAAGAAAAGGAUACAAGUUUGCUCGGUUCGGAUACUGUUGCUGCCAUGCGAUCGAUUACCAAAUGUAUCACGAUCGUUAGUCCCGUUAAAUGUCAGAGAAGCAAUUCUGGACAAGAGGAUGUCUAG